AUGUCCGUCUUUUCAUGUGCUAAUGGUCACACGAAAGCCAUCCUCGUCUACUGGGUGUCUUAUCAGCAGGCAUGGUCGCCUCUCUCGGACUCGGCACCUACGAGUUCAAUACCGGUGCCUGUGUCUACUUUGUCGUCUACAUAUUCUGCCAGCCCUUCGCUGGGCUUGCCGUCAAACGAUGAGGUUUCAUUCUCAUACCGAUCUCGCUUUGCGGUUAUCACUCUGGCGACAGCCUGGAUCAAGAACAGCGGUCAAUUCUACGCUGUGAGAUGUCUACUCGGGGCGGUGGAGACUUUCAGCAUGCCCGGUCUGAGCUAUGUGCUGUCCAGGUAUUACCGUCGGCAUGAGCUUACCGCGAGGUUUGGAAUCUUCAUGCUUGUGGCCAUCGGAUGCUCGCAAGGCUUUGGCGGUCUCUUGAGCGGUGCUCUAGUGGACAUGGGAUCUAUCGGAAACGUAAUGGGAUGGAGUCUGAUCUUCUUGGAAGGCAUCAUUACAAUCGGCAUCGCCAUCUUCCUCAUCAUCUUCUUCCCUAGGGAUCCCUUUACCACCAGAAUGUUUACCGAUGCUCCUCCAGGCGAGGACACGAAAGAACCCAUCAGUUGGGCAGGUAUAAAGAAGAUGUCCUUCCUGAAUCUGAACAUGGCCGCAUACUGCUGCAUGUAUAUUGCAAACUGCAUGUCUUCGCAAGGUCUCGCCAUCUUCACGACGUCCAUUCUUCAAGUCAUCUACCCCGAUGCGAGCACCAAGCCUAUCCAGUAUCUGUCGGUGGGACCGCAGGUUGUGGCGGUAUUCAUUUUCAUAGGGGUCCUUGGGUGCUUUGCGGCAAGCAGACCGCAAAGACAAGGAUACAUUUGUCCUCACAUCAUUCUCGUCUCCACCGCCCAGCAGACCUCCUCCAGCUAUGCCAGCCUUCGCUACUUUGCCCUCUUCAUCGUCACCGGCGGCGGCUACAUCUACGCUACCUGCGUCCUCGGCUGGGCCAUGUCCAACGCUUCUCCCGACACUACCCGCUCUCUCACCGGCGCGCUUGUCACCGGCCUCGGAUCCAUCGGCUCCAUCGCGUCAACAUGGUCGUACAUUGCGACGGACGCACAUACAGGGUUCAGGAUAGGAAAUGCGUUGAAUAUAGGGAUGAAUGUAGGGACGGUGCUGGUCUGUCUGGGGUUGAUGGCGUAUCAAAAGAAGGAGAAUCAGUUGAGAGAAGGAGGUGGUAGGGAUUAUAGGUUGUUGGAGCCGCAACCGGAAAAGCUUGGGAGACACCAUCCUGCGUACCGUUAUAAGAGUGAGUAA